AUGAAUAAUCAAGUUGAAAUGAUCUCCUUUGAAAUGAUUAAACAAAGGGCAGAAUAUUGUGAUUGUAAAAUCUCUCAAUAUAUCCUUGGUGGCUUAUAUGAAAAAGGAGAAGGAACGGAGGUGAAUUAUGAAAAGGCCUUUUAUUGGUAUGAAAUUUCAGCUAAUAACGAUUACGAAUAUGCGUUCAUCAUCACUGGAUACCUUUGUGAACAUGGUAUAGGAACGAAGGUAAAUUUAGGAAAAGCGUUUUAUUGGUAUGUACGAUCUGCACAAGUCGGAUCUUCAAUUGGUCAAGAUAAUGUCGGUCGUUUUUAUGAGAACGGCCAAGGAGUUGAAAAGGAUUUAUACAAGGCAUUUUAUUGGUAUCUACUAGCAGCAAUGAACAAUUAUCAUUAUGCACAAUAUAACCUUGGUCGAUUAUACGAAAAAGGAGAGGGAACAAUAAAAGAUUUGACGAAGGCUAAGACUUGGUAUCUAGCAACAGAAAAAUCCGGCCAUCUUCUUGCACAACAUAAAUUAAUGCUUGGGUAUUGUUAUGUAAAUGGAAUUGGAACGGAAAUCAAUAAAGAAAAAGGAUUAGAAUUGUAUGAUGUGAUGAUAGAUGACUUAGAUGAAGUCAAUUACUGGUUUGCUAGGGCUGCAGGCGAUGACAAUAAAGAAGCAUUAUAUAAAUUAGGUGAAUUUUAUGAAAUGGGAUAUGAUGAAGUUUCUCGAAGUGUCGUGAGAGCGUUAGAAUUUUACAAGAAAUCUGCUAAUCAAGGGUUUAUAAACGCUCAAAUUAAAGUUGAAUAUUAUUAUGAUCAUGGAAUUUUCGUUGAUGUCGAUAAAGCAAGGCAAUAA